GGGAACCCCCCGUUUUCAGAAUUUGGCCGUAUCUCCUUUUCUACAUCUAUCAUCAUUCAACUUCGCCCAAUCCCUGCAAACAUGUCUUCGAGAGACACCCCUGACCCCUCGACCACGUCGAACUCUUCUAUCGCCACUGCACCCACCAUGACCUCGUCUUCCUCCACCACGUCGAGCCCGUCCCCGGCCCUGUCCGAUGCCACCAUGACCCCCUCCGCCUCGGCACGUCGACCCCAGCGGAAGAGCACUUUGACCCAACAACAGAAGAACAACAAGCGGCAACGGGCCACCCAGGAUCAACUCGUCACCCUCGAGGUCGAGUUCAACAAGAACCCGACCCCCACGGCUGCCACCCGCGAAAGAAUCGCCCAGGAUAUCAAUAUGACUGAACGGUCCGUUCAGAUCUGGUUCCAGAACAGACGCGCCAAGAUAAAGAUGCUCGCGAAGAAGAGCAUUGAAACCGGGGAAGGCUGCGACUCAAUUCCCGAGUCCAUGCGCCAGUACCUGGCCAUGCAAUUCGACCCGAGCAAGCCCGGUGCGAGAGAUCCUUUUGGCCGCACAGGGGCAUAUGGCGCCGGCGGCGUUUAUCCCCACGAGGCGGCCCCGUCUGGCAAAGUUGUGAUUCACCACUUCACAUGUCGGUCCUUGACUAUCGGAAGCUGGCGACGUAUCGGACAGAAUGCGAUGGACCUGGUGGUCUUCUACUCCCCAGAGAAGGCCUGCAUGACCUACUAUAUCAACAACGAUUCUGCCGGUUACAAGAUCGAAUACCCCUUUGCCUACAUCAAGAACAUCACUCUGGAAACCGGCGACCAGACUCCCCAGACCAACGGCGCCCCUCCGCGGCCGGGCGGCCUGGUGGUGGAAUUGAACCGGCCUCCUCUGUUCUACAUGGAUUCCUCCAACUCUGGUGGUUUCUACCAAUGCGGUGAUUUCACGGAAGACCAGCAAGCCAGCCAAAUCAUGGUCCACCACCUGGGGGGCCAUCCCAAGGUUCUCAGCGUGCAGCUCGCCAAGCUGGUCUCGCUGGAGUCCUUCCAGAACCGCCUCGCCUACAACAACUUCGCGAUGAACCCGCCCAUGUCGCCUCCCUUCAUCCAGCGCCCUGCGUCGCAGCCGAAUCAAUUUGCUCAGCCCGCCUUCUUGAACAUCUACCCGGAAAGUCACCCUCAUCUGAGCGUCCAGGCGAUCCGCGGACACAAGCGUCAGCGCAGCCGUUCGGUUCCGGUAGCCGUCGACUUCUCUGCCAUGCAGGCGCCUCUCACGCACUACAACAUGCCUCAGACUCCCGCACAGUUCAACCAUGCCGAUACGGGCAUCUUCGCACCUGUUCCUCAGUCAACUCACCCGUUGGCUAUGAACCUCCGGAUAGACACAUCUGCCGCCUUUGGGUUCGACCCGCGGGCGCAUCCCAUGUCGGCCACGACGACGGCGUCGCCGUCCGAAUUCGCCAGCCCCGGGCUUUUCAGCGCCGGAGCUGGCGGGGACUCGACCCCUGUUGCGACCAACAUGGGCACCCCUUUCAAUAUGCCUUUCGUCUCGCCAGCGGUUGACUCAACUGUGGCGCCCCAAUCAGCUUAUUCUAACGUCAGUCAUGCCGAUCCUAUGAUUGCAAACCAUUCUCCCCCGUUGUCGAACCUCUCCCACGCCUCGCAAGACAUGUACCUUGGAAACGAGCACCAGCCCAGCUAUGGGGAUGAUGCGAUGUCCAUGAAUGGACUCUAUUCCAAGCACAACAUGAGCUUCGCGGUUCCCACGUCCAUGGGCCUUGAGAGUAGCACCUUUGAUCUGCCGAUGCAGACCAUGUCCGGCCACACUUCCCCCGGUGUCCACGGCGACUUCCAGGGCCUGACCCUGGAGAACGUCGAUCCCAACUCCUUGGCACCCGGUUCCUGAGGGGCUUGAGUACUCCUCUUGCUCCCGGUCCUUUCUGGGUUGUAUACGCCAUUUCUCUUAUUCAGCCUCGGCAGGAUAGGUA